CUGAGAUAUUCAGUAAUGAACAAUAUUCUCUUAUGAUAUGUAAUAUGCAGGUACGAUAGGUAUCUCCGUACUAGAUUAUACCUCCCGGCAAGUUGGUUUAAUUCACCUAAUUUCAUACCUACCUAUGACUUAGCUUAUACGACCAUUUAUGAUAGAUCCAAAUAGAAACGAAUUUCUCACGGAUUUAUAGCUCUUCGUCUUUGUAUCCAGUCGACACUUCAAAAUCGAAAAUGCGAGCUACUUGUCGAUUGCUUCAAGCCUGUAGGAUCACGCUCUUCACGCGUGAAAACUGCGGGCUCUGUACCACAGCCAGGUCAGUUCUAUCUGACGUCUGGGACACCCGGCCCUUCCAAUUCAAGGAGGUCGACAUCAUAAAAUCCGAAUCUAAACCUAGUUGGCGAGAUCUAUAUGAGUUUGACGUUCCCGUGAUACAUAUCAGCAAGUCUUCAGCACCGGAAGAGCAUCCGCAGUCAGCUUCGAAAGCUAUUAAACUCAUGCAUCGAUUCACUACCGACCAAGUAAAGGCUAAGAUGGAUCUAGCCGAGAAAGCUUAAUUAAGAUGGCCUGCUAGAUGGCCUCACUUAUCUACAAAGUCAACAUCUUAUUCAGACACAUAGAUCCAAGUAAAUCCUU